CUGGCGAUGAGCGGCGGCGCGCCCGCAGCCAAGCGCACCCAGUUCACGGUGAUGGCCGGCUCGAACGUGGACACGUCGACGGAGGCGGAGCGGCAGCUGGUGGCCAAGGAGGAGAGCGUCGUGCGGCUCGGUGGCGGCCGCGGAUUGCUGGACCCGUCGGACCGCCUGUACCUGGUCGAGCAGCUCGAGCUGGAGCAGGCGGCCAAGGGCAGGGAGCAGCAGGAGCGAGAGGCCGCGCUGCAGACGUUCCGCUCGAACGCCCUCAUAGCGCACAAGACGGCGGUGGCGCCGGAGAUUCCGCUGGUCGCAGCGGCCAGUGGCAAGAGCAAGUUGCUGUCUCCUGAGAAGAAUCCCGUGGUGGUGAUCAAGGCCAAGAAGCGGUCAUCGACGGCGACAGACAAGGACGCCAAGGCGAAGAAGGCCAAACUCGCGGCGAAGAAGAGCGUGGGAAGUAGCGCUAGUGCGGGCAAGAAUGACCGAGCGCCGACAAAGGAAGACAGGAGCGAAGCGAAAGGAGCCAAGAAGAGCGAUGAUAUCCCUAACACGACGAAGCCUGCGACAAAGCCUCCAGCAUCAGCGUUGUUGCUACAGGACUAUUCGAGCAGCAGCGACGAGGAGUGAGUGACCUUGAUGUGGUGAGGAGCUUCGACGUUAGAACUGUGCAAACCAUGUAUUUUUAAGGGCUCCUGCGUGCGAUCAGCACAGCAGCGCAACUAAUCAAAGCAAUCUACAGCG